AUGUCGGACAAGUCGGAGAGCAAGGAUUUCUUGUCACAGUUGCCAGAGGAGGUUGCUUAUCGCAUCAUCACCCAUUUGACACCGCGUGAUUUGAUGACUUGUGCUCGUGUUUCGCGGACGUGGCAGCGAAUUUGUGAAGAUGAUCGAACGUGGCGGCGGAAAUGUUUGGAGAAAGGAUAUGUGAAACUUGAUGCGCCAAGUCUUGUAUCUGGAUCGUGCGAUGGAAUGCUCCGAGUCUGGGACAUUGUCGACGGGAAAUGCCUUCACAUUUUGACUGGCCACUUGGUGGAGGUUUGCUGUGUGCAAUUUGAUGGAAUUCGGGUUGUGUCUGGUGCCGAUGAUUGUACUGUAAAGGUUUGGAGUGUGCAGACGGGGGAGUGUUUGCACACGCUGACGGAUCAGACGGAGCCAGUCUAUUCACUUUUGUUUGAGCCUGAGCGUGAUCUUGUCGUCUCGGGAAGUGAUACGAGUCGCGUCUGGGAUGUGCGAAGAGGAACAUGCAUCGCGACUCUUCGCACUCAUAGGAUUUACGGCUCUGACAUGCAACUUCGCGGAAACAGUUUGGUCGCUUGCUAUACCGACCGGGAGGUUGGGGUUUGGGACAUUCGUGACGGUGGUUCGUUCAUUCCUCGCCUGCAAGACGGUCGU